CCUCAAUCAAAAUAAAAAAGAGAAGCUGGCUGUUGCCUAGCUCCUGACUUUUGUUCAAAUAUUUCAUCACUGCAAAGAAGCAGGAAGAUCUUGACAUCUAGAACAGGCCUGUGAAAUAACAGGGAGAGAAGUUCUGUUACAAACAAACAGGAGUGGUGCCAGAACAAAAGGGUGCUUCUUGUCUUUCUAUCAAGUGCCCUAAUGUUUCACUGCCAUUGCAUAAAAAUAUGUUAUUGCACAUAUUAAUAUUAUGUGAGUUUAGUUCAAUCAGUUUUGCCUUCUGCUGAAACUGAAAUAUACCCACAAGUACUGUUAUAACUGCGUAUAAAUGCAAAUUUAUUACACUUAUUGACUGAUGCACAAAAGUGUCAGGAAACUCAGAAAGCGGUUUCUGAAUACAUUUCCGUGCUUAGUGUGGGCUCCUUUCAUACCUCCUUGCACAAUGUACCAAUAUGAUUAAUUUUGCUAACAAGGGGAACGCACAUAGCUACUGAUGGAUUUAUUUCUCCUCAAUAUUAUUCCUUAAAAAGAACUUUUAAUUCCAUGAUAGAAGAGAUUAUAUUCCUCGGGAGUUAUUAUUAUUUUUUUUUAAUUUCAUAGGAACUCACAACUUUUACCACUUAAAAAAUAAUUCCUUUCUUUGUUUCAUGAAUUAGAAACAAUGAGGAGAAGCCGAAGUCUGCCCAAGCCAGGUGUUUCUUGUUGGCAGCCUGCUCCCUAAUGACUCUGGCUCUCAUACAGCAGCUGCCUGCUAGUCUCUUUUGUAUGGCCUAUUGUUGCUGCAUACCCCUCGUUAAUACACAUGCUGCCCGGGGCAGACCCUGCGAAUGACAUCAACUUGCUUAUCUUAGAAACCUCCAAACCUGAUGCAGGGUGGGGAGGUUGCCUUGCAUCUGCCUGGCCAACUAAUUGUGAGCUCUGCGGGUUGUGAUUGGCUCCCCUUCCGCUCAGUAAUAGGUUAAGCAAAGACAUUGCGGGUCCAUCUGUUCAUCCAUUCAUUGUUCUGCUUGCUUGCCUGAAGUCUGCAGCUGAAAUCGUGUUAAGGAGUUGCUUCUGGAACAGCUACAAGAAACCAAUGUCUGUGUGUUUUCCAGCGAACGAAUACGGAACACUUUAUAUUCAGGAAUACAAGAAAAACAGCAAAGUGGAGUCAAGUACAUGCAGCAGCUUCAUGGGCUUGAAGGAUCACCUGGGGCAUGACUUAGGCCAUCUUUAUGUGGGGAGCACUGGCACACAAAUAAAUGCAAUUGUACCUUGGUCGAUGGCGGAGAAGCCAACGAUGGAUAAGGUUAAUUCUAGGAAAGAAGAUGUAGACAAGGAGGCAUCUGAAGAGACUUCAGGAAGCUCCAGUUGUGACUCUGAAGAAAGCACAAAUUCCGAUAAUGAUUCAGAGAAACUGAAUAAUUCUGCAUCAGAAUCACAUUUAUUGCCUAAGACUCAUCGACAGCUGUGCCGAUCUCCUUGCUUAGAGCCUCAUAUUCUAAAAAGAAAUGAAAUCUUGCAAGACUUUAGGAUAGAAGAGGCUCAGAUAGUACCGAAGGAAGUCAAAAAGCCCCCUGAUGUGGUGAAAGAAUAUCAAACCAAACUGGAGUUUGCACUUAAGUUGGGUUACUCUGAAGAGCAGGUUCAACUUGUACUAAAUAAACUUGGUACUGAUGCUUUAAUAAACGAUAUUUUGGGAGAACUUGUCAAACUUGGGAAUAAAACUGAGACUGAUCAGUCUGUAACUAAUGCUAACACUAGUGUAAUGCGUGAAGCGUCUUCCAUAGAGUCUCAGAGGUCAGAAUCUCCGCUGCAGGAGGAUGUGACGGAGGAUGGUGACAACCUGAGGCCAAUAGUUAUUGAUGGCAGCAAUGUUGCAAUGAGCCACGGGAAUAAAGAAGUAUUUUCUUGUCGAGGGAUCAAGUUGGCAGUAGACUGGUUUUUGGAAAGAGGCCAUAAGGAUGUUACAGUGUUUGUGCCAGCAUGGAGGAAAGAACAGUCAAGACCUGAUGCUCUCAUCACAGAUCAAGAGAUCUUGCGUAAAUUAGAAAAAGAGAAGAUCCUUGUGUUCACACCGUCCCGCCGAGUGCAAGGGAGAAGGGUGGUAUGCUACGAUGACCGAUUCAUAGUGAAGCUGGCCUUUGAGUCAGAUGGCAUCAUUGUUUCUAAUGACAACUACAGGGAUCUAGCUAAUGAGAAGCCUGAAUGGAAGAAGUUCAUAGAUGAACGCUUGCUGAUGUAUUCAUUUGUUAAUGACAAAUUUAUGCCUCCUGAUGAUCCUCUUGGCCGCCAUGGCCCAAGUCUGGACAAUUUUCUUAGGAAGAAGCCUAUUGUGCCAGAACAUAAGAAGCAACCAUGUCCAUAUGGGAAGAAAUGUACCUAUGGACACAAGUGCAAAUACUAUCAUCCAGAAAGAGGAAAUCAGCCUCAGCGAUCUGUAGCUGAUGAGCUUCGUGCCAUGUCUAGAAGCACAGCUGCCAAAACUACAAGUGAAGGAGGACUGGUAAAAAGCAAUAGUGUUCCCUGUAGUACUAAGAAUGAUGGCACUUCUGAGCUUAAGCGUGCCACUCCGAAAAGGCAAUCGGAUCCUAGUAUAAGGACUCAAGUCUAUCAAGACUUGGAGGAAAAGCUUCCCACCAAAAACAAAUUGGAAACCAGGUCUGUACCUUCCUUAGUUAGCAUACCAAGUUCCUCUGCUGCAAAACCCCAAAGUACUGCACCUUUAACCAACGGCCUUCCAUCCGGAGUUCAUUUCCCACCUCAGGAUCAAAGACCACAGGGACAAUAUCCUCCUACAGUGAUGAUGGCAACCAAAAAUCACGGAACGCCAAUGCCUUACGACCAGUAUCCAAAAUGUGAGUCUCCGGUGGAUGUAGGGUAUUACUCGAUGCUGAAUGCGUAUUCAAAUCUGAGCAUAUCUGGUCCACGUAGUCCCGAAAGGCGCUUCUCCUUGGACACAGAUUACAGGAUCAGCUCUGUGGCUUCUGACUGCAGCAGUGAAGGGAGCGUUAGUUGUGGCAGCAGUGAUUCCUACGUGGGUUACAGCGACCGCUCCUACAUGAGUUCGCCUGACCCGCAGCUGGAGGAGAACUUGAAGUGCCAACACAUGCACCCCCACGGCCGCCUUAACUCUCAGCCCUUCUUACAGAGCUACCACGAGCCUCUAACACGAGUGCAGAGUUACAGUCACGAAGAACCAAAGCAUCACCACAAACCUCCGAUUCCGUACAUGGCUGUGCAUCUGCAGCAUCCAGCAGUCGGUGCUCGUUCUAGUUGCCCAAACGACUACCCAGCAUCUCAGAGUUCGCCACACUCAAAGACCAUGCACCUGGGGAGAGCCCUCUUGUCCACCAGAAUCGACAGCAUUUCGGACUCGCGCUUGUACGAUAAUUCUCCACUGAGACACAGGAAGCCUUUUUCUGGCCAAGACGGGCUUGGAAGCUGGGACAGGCAGAGUUACGGGGUCGAUGCCUACGGCUACCGUCAGACCUACUCCUUGCCCAGUAACCCCACGCAGCCGUGCUACGAGCAGUUUGCCUUCCAAAGCCUGCCCGAACAGCAGGACCAGACCUGGCGCGUACCUUACUGUGGAAUCCCUCAAGACCCCCCGAGGCACCAAGACACCAGGGAGAAGGUUUACAUAAACCUGUGCAACAUCUUCCCCCCCGAUCUUGUGAGGAUUGUCAUGAAAAAAAACCCUCACGUGACGGACGCGCAGCAGCUCGCCGCAGCCAUCUUAGUAGAGAAAUCUCAGCUAGGUUAUUGAGAGAUGAUGCAUCUUUGUGGUGUCCAGUAGUUUUUCAGCUCAGCUCUAAUGCUGAGGGAGGUUUGCUACAAUAGCAUUUGGGAUCUCCUUCUCAGCAAGGAGGUUAUAUAGUAAUCCAUUUAUGUGAAAUACUGUAUCAUUGAGUCUGUAUGUAUAGCCCCAUGCAUCCGGAGUACCCGCUAUGUUUUGUGUCCUAGUUUGAAAAUUUUUAAAUGGCUAUUUUCAUGGCUGGAGGAUGUUCCAGUUUAAAUUAAUAUAUAUAUAUAUAUAUAUAUAUGAAAAAAAAUCUGUUGUCUCUGGUUAUAAUCUUUGGUGCAUCAGGGGUUUAUAUGCAGCACUUUCUAUCCUUGUUACAUGUUGUUGCGAUUUUCGGUUUUGUUUUUUAACUUGCUGGAUGUUUGUCCUUGGGCUGCCUGGUGUCAAAACGACCUGCAGAGAGAGGAUUUUGCUUCUUCCAGCAGACAGUUUUCAAGCCAAGUUUUUGAACUUUUUACAACACCUUGUUUGUUUGUUUGUUUGUUUUUGUGGGCUUUUUUUGUGUGUGCUAUAAUCAUAUUUAUAGGAAACAAAGAUUUACUACAGCACUGACUUUAUUUUUUAAACGAAUAAUUGAGUUACCAGUUAACGGUGAAAUGGGUAACAAUAUAUUAGUAAUUUAUAGUAUGGCACUUUUCAUUGCUCUUUGUUUUGUUGAAAUAGUUACAUGUUUUGUUGAUGCAGUUGAUUAGCAAGAUCAAAUGCAAUCAGAGGACAAUUUUUUUAUUAUUUUUAUUUUUUACUAAUUUAUGGAUAAGGUGGAAAGCCUUACUGCCUGAUUUUCAAAGGUGUUGAGAAUUUGCAGCCCCCUUUGAACCUACCACAAACUGCAAACACGCAGUACCUCCUAAAAACAGGCCACUUCGUGUCAAUUCCCAUGUGCUGUUAUCCAGCUUUGUGUACUCCUCCUGGUCAGUUGAAAGGGGCCUGAAAUCGUAGGGUUCUGUUUAGUUGUUUUAUGUGUUUUUCUUUGUAUUGCUGCACCAGUGUACUGGAUAAAAUACGCUUUUCAUAAAAUAUUUACCUGUUUUUUAAUGAAUUUAAUUAUCUCAAUGCAAGUUUUGUAUUUAAGAUACUGUUUAAUUUUUUCUUGCUAUUUAUCAAGGCUGGCCUGAAAAGGGUUUGUGUGUUGAGGAUAUGCAACGUUUAUUAACUGCACUAUGGUAAUGAUAUUGUAGCUCAAAAUAAUAACUUAAACUUUUUGUCUUUUCUGUUUCGGUUGGGGAGGGAGGGUUGUGGGGAGAGAAGAGACUGUACGUGUUCCUGAGGUUAGUCCUUGGCCUGUUGCAUCGUGGAGGCCUGAUUCUUGCCACAAAUAGUGUAGUUUUAGAAACAGACAAAACAAGUCUGUUUUAGUACUAGUAAGGGAUAUUUCUGGUUAAAGUCAUGGGUUUUACUAGCACCUCGUAAGCUUUUAUAUAUAUAUAUAUAUAUAAAAUAGAAAUAGAUCUUGCAAUUGAUGUCAGUUGUACUUAACAUGACAUAGUCAGUUACCUACAGUUUUAGGUUUCCACCCAUUGUAAUGUUUUUCAGUGUUAAAAAACCACUAGUUUACACUAUCACUGCUGAUAAUUGUGGUACACUUGCUGGAAUUUAAAGGCCCUGAAGAACCAGAAAGUACCUUUUACUGUUGAUACAAAUUGUAUCUUUUUAACUGAGAACUAUUUUGAUUUGUAGAUUUAGUAGAAACACAAACGUAUAACUAUAGUCUUUUGGGCAACAUUUUAUCGCUUAUCGGAAAAUUAGAGUUUUCAGACAUAGAAUAGACUUAGGUGAGUAAAAAUAGAUAUUUAUUUAGGUGUCUGUCUCAAUUUCACAUAUUAAAAAGAAAAAGAAAGAAAGAAACUAUUGGCAUCUUCUUCCUUCUAAAAUCUUUGUAGUGUAAACUCACUAAAAUAAAGGUAAAAUGCUGCCUGAAAAUGAUGUCCAAGCACCUUUGAAUACGAAGACAUUUUCACUACUUGCGCAACACCAUGUGUUGCGGUGAGUAGGAUUUGGGUAUACAGUAAAUGCUUCUAAAGAGCAUUGUGCUUAUAGACAUAUCCAAUAAUCUGAACCAUGUUCAGCAAACUAAUUCAGGAAGUAGUGUUCCAGACAGCUUUUACUGCUGAUUUGGCGUGGGAUCUGCGUUCGCCUGUCCCUGUGACAAUACAGGAGGUGCUGUACAUAAUCUAGCCUGAGUUGUCUGACAGUAGUUUUCCCUUGGUUUGGUGGGUCGCUAUCCGUAGAGCAUGUCUGAACGUAGAGGUUGAUACAGCGCUAAUGCUGAGGUUUGGAGUGGUAAAUGGGUCUCAUCUCAGUUGUACUCUAAGAUUUUUUUAAAAUUGAAUUACACUGAAGUACUACACCGUAGUGUAGAUGCAGCUGUUUUAGUACUGCAGUUAUUAGAUUUGUGGUUUUGAUGAGUUUCUACAUUCAUUUUUAUGUAGGAAUUCACUUCUGCCAAAAGAUGAAUUCCUUAAGCGCGAACAGAAGCGUGUGCAUGUAAAAGAGGUGUUUCACCAUUCCUCCCUGUCACAGGAGCCUCAGAAGGCUUCAAGCAGCGCCGCCGUGCCCAGGAGCGUGGUGGUGGCGGGGAAUCCUUACCGUACCUUCUGUGCUUUGUACUGAAGCACUGAAAAUGCUUUAGAAGUAUAAGAACGGGAGAUAUUUGGUGGUUCUUAAUGUUGUGCAAUGAUGUGCUAGUUUCCCUUAGGCUCUUACCUUGGGUAAAGUAAACACACAGGGGACAAAGCGUUGGCCUUGGCGUUUCCUUAGUUGUUGUGGUGAGUAGCAGAGGGAAGGAGGAGGUGUGUGUGACCUCCCCCUCGAGGAGAUCAGUCUGUGUAUUUCACACCCUGUAGAGGAUACCGGUGCUAAGCACGAACGCGAUGGUACUGCUCAGUACUGCACCUGUUGUAGUUGCAUUGAUGCAAAUAACUGAACCGUAGCAUCUUAAACAGUAAAAGGUGGCUCGUUGGUAUUGUCUUUGCUGCAAGUGCUGGAGUUACAGAGAAUAAAGCACAGUUAGGCCUGUCCCACCACUAAAAGAGGGCCUUACCCUUGUCUUCACUACUCAAGAGUUGUUUUGAUACUUACCAAAAACUCAGUAUUUUUAAAUAAAAUCCAAGCCAUUAUAGCUCCCUCAGUAAUGGUGUGUAGAUACACGGUGUUUUGAGGGCACGUUGACAUUAGGCCUCUGCCCACAACAGUUUUGUAUACUAGGUGUGUUGCCAGUAUUUAGAGUUCUUAAAAUGCCCCGUGGAUACCUGAUUUUGAGCUCUACGUGCCCGGGCUGCGACCGUGUUAAUCACUAAGAUGUCUUUUUAAAAAAAAAAAAAUCCUGAAAUGUCAUGUUGUUGUUUUGUGAUUUUGUUUUUGUUUUUUUAAUACCUUAAACUCACUUGCCAACUACCGCUAAUGCUCUGAGGUAAGGUCACAUCCUUUCAGGUGUCCUGUUGUCUGUGGUAUGUCUGAACUGUAACUCGGUGCUCCGCUGCAGAACAGCUCCAGGGAGAGCCACAAGUCUGCUGUGUUCAUGGAACACCCCAAAAAGGAGGAGUGCCAGCCUGGGGAUGCCCUUGAAGGGGACUUUUGCAGCCUUUGAGUAUGUGGACUGUUGCUGACUUGUUGCCGACCUUCUGCUGUGAAAGUAGUAGCGUUAAUGGUGAACACUUUCCCAAAAAUACCAAACCCGUCAGUGCAAACCGGAGUACCUCACUUGGAGCGGGAAGCCGGCGGCUCUUGUCCCCGUGGGGUGACAGAGCGAGGACGCAGAGCCUGGGGGAGAGGUGCCUCAGCACCUCGCGAGACUACCAAAACCCUUGUCAGUUCUAUCAGUUGCUGGUUUGACCAACUUUGACGUUUUUGACGUGUGAAGCUUGAAAAAAAAAAGCGAGAUGAUGCUUUUUGUACUCUCUAAAGCAUUUAGAAUAAUACAACACCCAACUGACUUUGCAUUGCUACUGAGAAAUUAAAAUACUGUGCAAUUAAAGAGACCAUUUUUUAAUAAAAAUAAUUUAGAAAUUAUUUAUUUUGAUUUACAGUGUGACUCUUGCUAAUUUAUUCCUUGCAUUAUAAGGCCAUGGUGGAGUGCCGUUUGUACUUUUUAUUUAGCGUAGGAGCUUAAGCUGUUGAAACAACAGAUUAAAACUCAAAACAAAACAAAACCCUGUGGCCUUGUUUUUUUCUUACAAAAGGGCUGAGGUUUUUUAAAUGUCAAAUCAUGCAGUUUAUAUACUUUACAGAGAAGUUCAGUCUAAGAAUUUUGUUGGAAUUCAGUAUGUUUGUGUUCAUUGUUCAGACUAACCCUGUAAUCCCAAAAUCAUGUGUGUGAAAUGGUUGUUCCAGCUAACCUUUUGGGUAGAUAACACAAGAUGUGUUCAGACUUCACGUUCAGAUGUUCUAGCAUACAUUUCAUAUAUUUCAUGGGUAUCUUAAGGCUUCACCAGGAGCUGGUGAUGUCGUGAUCUGUCAGCCGUCUCCACGCGUGUGGAUCCUACUCCUGUACGCUGGGUUUUCUGUGCAGCGCGUUACCAGGCAGUACGCUGGUGUGUGUGCAAUACAGCAGCUGUUUAUGCAGGCACUACCGAAUACACUGAGUUGUUUAAUAGCUGUGAGUGUGCUGCAAAUCAUUUUCUAUCUUCCAUUUUCAGGUCUCGAGGGAUGGGCAUAAUGCGUGCUUGAAUUGUUUAUUCCUCUGCCUACCCAUUCACCUCUGAAGUGUAAUCGGCUGCAGUAGGUCUCCUCCCCUCGCCCAGCUUUAGUUUCCAUUUGAGGGCCCCGUCUCCCGAGUGCUUGUGCACAUGCCUGACUUCAGCACAAGUAUGUGCAUUGGCUGGUUUUGGUGGAAUUGGAGAUGGCACGAAUAAAGGUGGGCAUGUGUGCAAGUGCUUGGAGGAGUCAGGGCCUUGAGGAGCACAUCAGGAACAGCUGGGAAACUGCCUGCUGCCGUGCAGAGGUGAGGUCUCACUGCUGCUGCCAACACUGAACCCAAAACCAAGUCUGUUCAGACAUUUCUGCAUAUUCGUCCUCACUGUUUCAAAGGUGUAACAAUUACACCUUCUAAAAACCUCUCCAUUUUUGUAAGACAGCAUUUUUGUUGUUGUUGUUCUCUGAUGAAGUCUCAUUUAACAAGUGAGGUUGGGUGGUUGGUUACUUUAUAUGAACAAUGUUUUUAAUUAUACUGGUAUUUAAGAAAUGUUUUACCAGCAUAUUACAGAACAUCGUGCAAGGAAAUAGAAAUGCAGAUACAGCAGCAAUAAUUGUGUUUUGUAGUUCUUUUUCCCCUCAUUAUCUCUGUACUUGUAUUGAGUAGGCGAGAUUUUAAUAUUGUCCUGAAGCCAGCUCUGGCAAAAACAUUAGUUAAAAGUCAUGUUUGGACUACACGAUAAAGCAAUUGUCAAACUUGCUCUUCGUUCCUUCACUGGUUGUUCUGUGUUGUUUCUGUGAGGUGACAAUUCACACCUUAAAACCACCGUCUAAACCAUAGAAAAAAAAGAAAAAAAAA